AUCACAAGGUGUCAUUGCACGUGUGCAGGCUUCUCUCUGGGCUUCACCCUUAGUAAUUUUGCAAAAACCUUCCGGAAAAUUGAGACUUUGUGUGGACUUCAAGGCAACAGUGAAUCCACAACUUGUGACUGCUACUUUUCCUUUACCCCGCCCGGAAGAUCUUUUUGACAAACUGUGCCCGGGUAAAUAUUUUUCUAAGUUGGACCUACCAGAUGCGUACUUGCAAAUACCGGUGGACGAAGAAUCCCAGCGCGUAUUGGUGGUUAACACGCAUCUUGGUUUGUAUCGAGUCAAAAGACUGCCAUUCGGGUGUGCAUCCGCCCCUGCAUUGUUUCAGCAAUAUUUACAAACUGUUUGUGCGUCGGUCCCUACUGCUGCAAACUAUCUGGACGAUAUUGUGAUCUCCGGACAGACGGAAGAAGAACAUUUAGACAAUCUCCGAACAUUAUUUCAGGUCUUGCGACAAAAUGGUCUUCGCUUGCGGAAGGACAAAUGUGUGUUUUUUGCUCGUGAAUUGCCAUAUCUGGGACAUGUACUCAAUGCCCAAGGCAUACAUCCCAGUCCAGAGCACCUUCGUGCCAUACAAGACUUGCCUUCGCCGCAGAAUUUGAAGCAGCUACAGAGUGUGCUGAGAAAAAUUAAUUAUUACAACAAAUAUAUCCCCCAUGCAUCUUCCAUUUCAGCUCCGCUUCAUCGCUUACGCCGUAAAGGUGUUCCGUUCGUCUGGACGACGGAAUGCGAACGCGCCUUUCGCCAGUUGAAAUCGGCGUUGCUUUCUAAUACUUGCCUUACGCCUUUCGAUCCCCAGAAACCCCUUUUGUUGAUGGUAGAUGCAUCGGAUUUCGGGAUCGGAGCUGUGCUUGCGCACAAAGAUGGUUCGCAUGAUCGCCCUAUUGCCUUUGCGUCCAAGUUGCUGUCGUCUGCGCAAAGAAAUUAUUCACAGAUCGAGAAAGAAGCUUUGGCUCUCGUAUUUGGUGUUACCAAGUUUCAUGAUUUCUUGUAUGGUCGUCACUUUACCAUCAUCACAGACCACAAACCCUUGACAUCGCUUUUUCAUCCGAACAAGUCUGUACCUCCGCGUACAGCGCAGAAAUUCAUUCGCUGGUCUAUUUUCCUCUCGCAGUACCGCUACGAUAUCUUGUAUCGGUCCACUGCUAAGCACUGAAACGCCGAUGCGUUGUCCCGUUUGCCUGUUGCUGAGGAUAGAGCAUUCGAUUCCUCCGAACUUGCUUGCAUGUUCAUUGAUGCGGAAACCGAUGACGUGGUCGAAUCGUUUCCGAUUGAUUUUCGUCGUGUAGCUACAGCCGCAACUUCUGACCCUGUCCUUGCUACCGUUUUGCGUUUUGUUGCUACGCAAUGGCCUUUGUCAAAGUCACGGAUCGAGGAUCCGUUGGUUCGCCGAUUUUUUGCUCACAAGGAGAAACUUUUUGUACGACGUGGUGUUUUGCUGUUGCGUUCUGAUAAUGAUCAGUCCAGGGUCGUGGUCCCACGUUCGUUACAGUCCUCUGUCUUACAGCUUCUCCACCAAGGACAUUGGGGUAUAGUGCGAACGAAACAACUUGCUCGUCAGCACUGUACUUGGUUCGGAAUCGAUGCUGCGAUUACGAAUAUGUGCUCUUCUUGCGUGGCGUGUGCUGAACAACAAUCCGCACCACCGCGGAAAUUCUUUGCAUGGCCGAAAGCCACUUCCCCUUGGCAACGCUUACACAUAGAUUUUGCUGGUCCAUUCUGGAAUGCUCGAUGGUUGGUUGUUGUCGAUUCCUUCAGUAAUUUUCCUUUUGUUGUCAGGAUGUCUUCCACGACGUCUUCUGACACCAUCCAAGCGUUGUCCGCUAUCUUUUGCAUUGAAGGUCUUCCACAGACUAUUGUUUCCAACAAUGGCCCACAAUUCAUGUCCGCAGAAUUUCAGUCAUUCUGCAAGGCCAAUGGUAUUCAACAUCUGACGUCCGCGCCGUUUUCGCCACAGUCAAACGGUGCCGCUGAACGUUCGGUCCAGACUUUCAAGUCACAGAUGUUGCAAUUGACAGAGUCGCAUUCUCGGGAGGACGUGUUAUUGCUCUUUUUGUCCUCGUAUCGCUCUCAGCCCCGCGAUGGUCGCUCGCCGGCUGAGUUGCUUCAUGGUCGCCCUCAUCGAACCUUGAUGUCUUUGCUGCAUCCGCCGCAUCAGGUUCCUGUGCAGCUGCAGAUACUUGCUUUUACUCCCGGCGACGUUGUAUACUAUCGCAACUAUCGCGGCUCACGGCGUUGGCUCGCAGGGCGUAUUCUUCGCUGCCUCGGUCGCGCUAUGUAUCUGGUUUUGGGGGCUUCUGGUGAGGUGCGUCGGCAUCUCAAUCUGCUGAGCCUCUGACGUCGCAUGGGUUCUGCCGCUCCCCAUCUGCUUUCAGCGACGGUGCCGUCCGGUCAGCGCCCUGGGGACCCAUCUACUGGCUCGCCUCAUCCCCAGGUGUUACCGACGAAGCCUUCCAUUUUGCCCCAUGGCGUCGCGCCGCCGCCGCAGCCGCCGCCGGCGCCGCCCGCAGUGGACACGUCGCUGCAACCGCCGGGCGCCUCCCUGGGUCUCGCGCCGCCGAUCGCUUCCCGUGACCAGUUGUCCUCCGACAUGGAACUCUUGCCCGCUCCGGACCAUCUGUCGUCUUCGCCAGUCGGGUGCCCCGACACGAUGGAGGUCGACCCUUCGGCCCCUCCUGACUAUCUACGGGCGCAUACACCUCAUGUUGGCGUGCACCCUGGACUAGGUUUUCAGGCGUUUCCUAGCUCCCCUCGGACCGAAUGGCCGGGUGCGGGUGGCACAGCCUCGCCUGUUGUUAGGCUCCCCACCUCGUCGCAUACGUCAACAUGAGGUCCUCCCCACGGCAGGCGGAAGCCUUAUAACACAACCGUUCGCCGAUUUGCGGGGGAGGAAUGUGGUGUCACCGCCAGACACCACACUUGCUAGG